CCUUGGUGUCGAAAGUGCUGCCCAGAAACCAAGCCCUGGUUUCCUUUCCCUUUUCAGGAAGGAAGCAAUUGGCAGGCUCAGGACUGGUGCAUGUCUCUCUCUUUCCAUCCAAAGGCAAAUCAGAUCCCUCUUGACAUUCGGAUCAGAGGCCCCUUCCACACAGCUGCAUAAAACCCACAUUGAACUGGAAUAUAUGGCAGUGUGGACUCAGAUAACCCAGUCCAAAGCAGGUAUUGUGGGGGAUCUGCUUUGAUAUUCUGGGUUAGAUAGCUUUGUGGAUGAGCCCCUAGUCUUCCCUUCCUGGCUUCGCUUCCUUCUUUUGGGAGAGGUUACGCACAUCAAUGCAGAGGUGGAAGGAUGCCGCAAGAGCGGGUGAACGAGGACUUCAUCAGCAACCUCAAUGGGACCACGUUGCUUGAGAUCUCAGUCGGCUUACCAAUUGCACCGCUAUGCCUCCUGACCCGGGGGCUUCUAUUAAUUCUGUAUUUCCUCCUCCGUGGGAAACCUUUACAUUCAAGCAGUGGCCAUUUCCUCCUAGAUUUUAGUGUUUUGGUCGUUCCUCCGGUGUUGUCCUGCACAGUGUUGGCUCCCGUCCUGCUUUGGGUGAUACUGUCCAUCAUGGCGUUCUGUACAGGCUUGGUUUUCAUCAUCUACCACAAGAGGACCCGUUAUGCCAAAGUGCCCCGGAAGCAAAUCCUCAGCGAUUUUUGGAGGAGCGGCUUAGAGCCAACCUACAUCCCGUCCAUCACCGCAUUCCGGGUGUUUGUCAAUGUCUUGACGUCCAUCAGCAUCUUGGCUGUGGACUUCCCGCAGUAUCCGCGGCGAUAUGCCAAAACGGAGACGUACGGGACGGGAGUGAUGGAUUUUGGGGUCGGUUCCUUCGUGUUUGGGAAUGCCGUGGUUUGCCCCGAGGUCCGACUGCGGCCUGGUGAGGUCCGGCGUGCGUCCUUUUCCCUCGUGAGGCAGUUCCUCGCCGUCUGGCCACUGCUCUUCCUCGGCUUUGGCCGGCUACUGAGCGUCAAGGCGGUCGAGUACCACGAACACAUCUCCGAAUACGGCGUCCACUGGAACUUCUUCUUCACCUUAGCUGCCGUCCGCAUGGGAGCAUCGCUGCUUCUGGCCGUCUUCCCUGUCCACAAAUCGUGGAUCGUCGCCGCAGCACUGGCGGUCGUUUACGAAAGUCUCCUUCACCUCCUGCGUCUGAAGGCGUUCAUCCUGCACGGAGGGGACGGCAACGAUUCGAGGGACGGCUUCCUCAACGCCAACCGAGAGGGCGUCUUUUCUGUCGUCGGCUACCUGGCCAUCUACAUGGCUAGCGUGCAGGUCGGUUUGUACUUGCUGAAGAAGAGAAGCACUGUGAGGGAGUGGUGCGGUGUCAUUCGGGUUUUGCUGUCGUUCUUUUGCCUCCUUUUUAUAUGCCUGCACAUCACGCAAACGCACAUCGACGCCGUUUCCCGCCGGAUGGCGAAUCUCUCCUUUUGCAUUUGGGUGGUGGCCUAUGCCUUGCUCCUCUUUAGUUGCUUCCUCGCAGCCGAUCUCGUUCUGGUGUUUGCAAAACUUCUAGUGGAAGGGGCCGACGUUCCUGGCAGUUGGAAUUUGGCCAACCUGACCCCAAAGAAACACGAUUCGGUGGAACCCCGGAGUCCAAAAACCGUGUGCAUGGUCAGCGCAGUGAACCGAAACCAGCUCCUCUAUUUCCUGCUGGCAAAUGUUUUAACCGGCCUGGUCAACAUGCUGGUGGAUACCAUUCACAGCUCCACGUUUGCCGCGAUGGCGAUCCUGCACUUGUACAUGUUGACCAACUGUUUGGUGAUGUGUCAACUACAAGCCAAAAACAUCAUCUUGAAGUGGUGGUGAUGCUAUUCGGACAUUAUCAUCACAAAGGGCGACCCAAAAGGGACGCGAGAUCCCUAGACCGCACUGAUUUUUCCUGUUGUUCGGACUGUAUGUUUUGUUCGGAUUUGAUUUUUUGGCAUGGAUGUUAUUAAUAUGUUUUCUCUAGGAAUGUCUAGGUCCUCUCUAUACUUCUUUAGGCAUUUGCUGCUCCUCCAGCACAACUCUAUGCUCACCCUCUAAUGGAAGUUGAUCAUAGGCAGCGGUUCUCAACCUCAUACAGAUCCUUAUGUUGUGGUGACCCCCAAACAUAAUAUUAUUUCCGUUGCUACUUCAUAACUGUAAUUUUGCUACUGUUAUGAAUAAUAAUGUAAAUACCUGAAAUGCAGGAUGUAUUUUCAUUCACUGGACCAAAUUUGGCACAAAUUCCCGAUACACCCAAAUUCGAAUACUGGUGGGGGUUUGUCAUUUGGGAGUUGUAGUUGCUGGGAUAUAUUAUAGUUAACCUACAAUCAAAGACCAUUCUGAACUCUGCCAACGAUGGAAUUAAACCAAACUUGGCACACAGAACCCCCCGUGACCAAGAGAAAAUACUGGAAGGGUUUGGUGGGCAUUGACCUUGAGUUUUGGAGUUGUAGUUCACCUACAUCCAGAGGGCACUGUGGACUCAAACAAUGAUGGAUCUGGACCAAACUUAAAUGUGAACACUGGUGGAGUUUGGGGAAAAUAGACCUUGACAUUUGGGAGUUUUAGUUUCUGGAAUUUGUAGUUCACCUACAAUCAAAGAGCAUUCUGAACUCCACCAGCGAUGGAAUUGAACCAGUCUUGGCACACAGAAGUCCCUGACCAAUAGAAAAUACUGGAAAGGUUUGGUAGAUAUUGACCUUGAGUUUGGGAGUUGUAGUUCACCUACAUCCAGAGAGCACUGUGGACUCAAACAAUGAUGGAUCUGGACCAAACUUGGCAUGAAUACUCAAUAUGCCCAAAUGUGAACACUGGUGGAGUUUGGGGAAAAUAGACCUUGAAAUUUGGGAG